AUGGCUUCUAUUGUAUAUGAUGGUAUUGGGGGUGGAGGAGUUCUUUUUGAAGGAAUGAAAUUCUUUAUUCUUCAGCGGGUUCCUAUGCGCUCAAGAUGGGUUGAGAUAAUUCGAUCAAACGGGGGUGGAGUCGAAAAAAUCGAAAAGAAUGCCGAGAUUAUAAUCGCAGAUGGUGCGCGAAAAGAUGCGCCGCCAGGAUCUAUUUCAUGGAAGUUUAUUGAAGAGUCUGCGAAGGCUGGGAAAUUGGUAGACAUGGAAGAAUAUCGAUGUGGUGCAUCAGAACGAGCAUCAGAACGACCAUUCGCACAACCCGCGAAAUCUACGCGCACGCCUUUUACAGCUGAGGAUGAUCGAAUAUUGACCCAAUGGGUCUUGGAGGGAGAGCGUAUGGGACGAUCUACCAAGGGUAACCAAUUAUACAUUGAAUUAGCAGAACGAUAUCCUCGGCAUACAUAUCAAUCCUGGCUGGAUCAUUGGAAGAGGCAUCUUCUGCCCAGUUAUGAGGCGGGAAAUUUACAUUAUAAGCGCGAUGACAAUUUACCAUGUCCCAGCAGGGAACCAAAAUAUGCUAAAAAGGGACUAGCUAAGCCUCUUGCAACAAGAGUUUCUCAUGAACGCGCACAAUCUGCGCUCUCGACCGCCGCCUCAACCACCUCGACCAAUAGUCUCAAGGGCCUCAUCCCCGAGGCGGAGAUAGAAAAGGUUGUGGUUGGAGGACUUUUUACAAAGGAGGAUGACGAUCUUUUACGAGAUGUAUUUGAGGCUAUUUGUAACAUAGAUUCAUCCAAAGAAAUUGAGGCUUGGGAGUUGUGGACCGAAGAGUAUGGACGCCAUUCAGCUCAAGAAUGGCGAAACUAUUUCCAUGAAGAUUUUCGCCCCCGAGAGAUGAAAAAUAGGAAAAAGACAACUGUUGAGUCUGUAUCAUCUCCAUCGAUUCGGCAAGUUUCUGAUCCCCCAAGUGGUGGAAGUACCAAAGAUUCGACGCAAACGAAUAAUUCUACUAAAAAGCCGGAGAGAACAUCAAUGAAAACUACUGCCAGAAGCUCCGCUAUGGCCCACAAUGCAGAAUCAAGAGUUGAUCCAAAACCAAAGACAUCCGAAGUCUCGACACGAACAAAGCAUUCUCCCUACAAGCAGAAGAAAACCUCACCAGAAACUGCUAUUGAAAGCUCGGUUACGUCCUCUGGCAAUGUUAAACAAAGAAGCGAUUCAAACUUAAGCACACCAGAAAUAAACGCAAAAACGAAGAAUUCUACGCCCCAGUCUAAAGAAGCCUUGGUAAAAACCACUGCUCGAAAUUCUGUUACACCUUCUCGCAAUGCUAAACCAAAAGUCGAUCAAGAACCAAAGAUACCAGAGGCAGCACCGCAGGAAUUUGAUUUGGAACGAAGGCCUUUUAUGAAUUCGCUGACGACCGAAGAGGACUACUUCACGCUAACCUUGAAACAAUUCUGUGAAGAGGAUCAGGAAGAACCAAUUUUUAAUCCCAGAAUUCGUGGAAAACAAAUUUCCCUCUUCAGACUUUGGCAAAUCGUUAUAGUAUUUGGCGGCUUUGAAACGAUAAACGCCGAAAGUCAAUGGCAAGAGGUAGCUGAUAAAUUAAGCUUCCCUAUUGCCAACCGUUCCGAGGCUGCGCAAGAUUUGAAGAGCUGUUAUGACGAAAUUCUAUCCGAAUUCGAAAGAGUUGUAACCGAAGAAGAGAAUGAUCCGCAGAGUAUCCUUAUGUUCGCAGCCUCGCAAGACGAGACUUUGAUAGCUUCACAGCUUGCUGAUACAACCAUACGCAGUGUUCAAAGAUUCUCUGGUCACGAAAGGGAUGUAGAGGAUGAUGAUGAAGUUAUAGAACUACCACCAUUGAAAAAUUCUAAGCAAUUUUCAACUAUGUCAACCAAGAAGCGUGCGAUUGGCUCCGAUGGAUUAUCCAACCUUAGCGAAUCUUCAGAAAUUAAUCCUAAGCGUAAAGCUAAGCGUAUUAGAGCCGAUAAGGGUAAAGGUAAAGAGGUAGAGAUUCCAUCGACCCCAGAACAUAUUUUCAAUGCUACACAGCCACCCCGUCACAUAUCGCCGCUCAAAUACCAAAUCAACGAGAAUGAUAAUGGUGGUAGCAGUGAGGAUGAUAGCGAUCGUGAAGCUCGAGAAAGAAUUCUUCGUAUCCAGCAAAAGAAACCACGAGAAUUGAUUCGGAAAGCUUCAGCGAAAAAUCUCACAGUUGAGCCAGAGACGCAAGACUUCUAUUACCCAGACAUUGAUAAUCAAGCCCCACCAGUAUCUCCAACUCCAGUCCGGAGGAAGAGGACCCCAGGCCCGAUCAUUGACUUAUCUCGAGAUUCAUCUGCAGAGUCGGAAGCGGAAGCAGAUUCACAGGACAUCGUUGAUAUUGAGCUCGCUAAAUAUAUUGCCCUUGGCUAUUCCGAAGAUAUUAUCUACGACGCUCUAAUGGCAUCAACUUAUGACUUUGAUAUUGCAAGUCCGGUUAUGAACCAGUUGCAAAUGGGACACGGGAUCCCGGACGAUUUAGCAGGAGUCUGGACUCAAAGAGAUGAUGAUGCGUUAGAGAGGAGAAAAGGCAAAGAGUAUGAGAGAGUUAGGGAAAAACAUGGCGAUGAGAGAAUUCAUGCGAGGAUUAAGUUCUUGAGAAAUCUUAGCGAGAUUGAUCAAUGA